CAGUUCAGUCCAGCCAGAGGCCAGUGCGCGUACUCACAUGCGCAUGCGUGCCAGGACUGAGGAGGAAAGGGAACGCGCUGUAACAGAGAGAAAGCGAAGCAGUAAACCGCUAUUCACUAUCCGCCCGAGGACUUGAUGCUAGUCACGCUAACUAAAAACUAUCCUGUGGUUUGGGCGUACGCUUCUUUAUCUCUGAGUGUUUCUGACGGGUGACUUUUGCUCGAACACAUUGCUGCUUUUUCCUGUGUGCGCGCGCUGCUGGCAGAAAUAUUUUGGUCGUUUUCCCACGCAGUUAAUGUCACCAAACGCAACGUGAACUUGGUUGCAACAUCACUGUACAGUACAACAGGCUCGCUCCGCGGAUUAAACCUCAUCUGUCGGGCAGCACUGCUGGGAGAAGCCCAGAGCCAUUACAUCAGAACCACUGAGUACACAAUCUUUUGAAAUGAAAGAGGAAAAAGGAUAACCUCAUGCACUGUGUAGACAUGAGAAGACCAAGGAGCAUGUGAAGAUGUCCCAGAAGGCAACUAAAACAUGGUGCCUUAGGCUUCUCCCAGUUCUCUUCUUCUUCAUCUCCUUUGUCACAUACUACUGUUCCAAUGCCAUACUUCAGAGCUAUGGAGGCACCACCAAGCCUCUGAACAGUAGCAAGACGCUGUGUGGUGGCUGGCUAACUCAGAAGAAGUGGGAGAGCCUUAACUUUAACAUUAGCAGACAGACAGAGCUCUUUCUGAAACUGGAGGAUUUCUUCUGGCGUGAGCAUCUGUCAAAGCUGGCAUUGCCUUAUGGUGUUAAGGGCAGUGAGCUGCUGCUACUGAAAGUUCUUGCUGUGACUGCAAAUUAUCAGGUGCCAGCCAACAUUGAAAAGCUUGAAUGCAGAACCUGUGUAGUCAUAGGCAAUGGAUUUGCCAUUAAAAACAGCUCCUUGGGAAGCAUCAUCAACAAAUAUGAUGUGGUCAUUCGGUUGAAUGAUGCCCCAGUGAGAGGCUAUGAGGAGGACGUGGGCAACAAGACCACCAUGAGGUUCUUCUACCCUGAAUCGGCCUCCUACAACCCCGGACUGCACAAUGAGCCCAGCACGCUCAUGGUCCUGGUGCCUUUCAAACAGCAAGAUCUGCGGUGGCUGAAAGAAAUCCUCUAUAAUGAGAAGAGGGUCAGGAAAGGUUUUUGGAAGCCUCCUCCCCAAAUCUGGUUGGGUGACAUCAGUAAAAUCAGAGUGCUGGACCCCCACUUUCUGCACCAGACUGCAGAUAGACUGCUCCAGAUCCCCCUGCACCCCAAGGGUAAACAGACGCCAGUGCAUCCUACCACGGGCAUCCUUGCUGUGUUUGUCGCUCUCAACUACUGUGAUGUGGUCCACAUUGCUGGAUUUGGAUAUCCUAACUCAAAGAGCCAAAGGCAGCCUAUCCAUUACUAUGGAUAUGACACUAUGAGGUCUAUGAAGAAUUCUUACCAUGACCUCAAUCAUGAAGCGGAAGCCUUAAAAAGACUGGAGGAUUCAGGAGCUAUUUUGUACCUGCACCCACAUUUAUGAUACACACUUUUCCAGUUUGAUUUAACCCAAAAAAAAAAAAAAGAUUUAACACCAAAUUGUAUCUGAAUUUGGUUUGGAUCUUAUCUUAAUGUGCCUUCUGCAGUGGAAUAAAUGACAUUUUGCUGGUGCAUUAAGUUGUCAUUUGGUGACACGAGUGUCACCAAUUUAGCUCUUAAGAACAUUUACCUCUCUGGCACCUUAUAUUCUGUAGAACUGAAAGAUGGAAAAAGUGAUUUAGCUGCUUUAUAAAUGGAUUUCCUUUAAUCAAGUGGAAUGGUUUUGGUGCCAUAGCUCAGCAUUCUGCAUACAUUUUGAGGGGUUUUAACAUUUAUGGGUAAACUUUUCUUUGAGUCAUGACUUUAAAAGUUAAUUCAUGGGACACUUGCUAUUCAUGGGCUGAGACAGUUGUCUGUUUGUUAUAACCCAGUUCCAGCAAAUUGUUUGCUGAUUUCAGAUCUAUAGCUCAAAAUCUCAUACACACCAGUAUGCUGUAAAACUAAUCAUUGAAGAUGAUUUCCUAUACACUUAUCAUGGUUAGAGAAUCAUUUUUAAUUUCAUCGAAUGAAAUGUAUUCUUUCUUCUGAGCUCAAAGUCUGUUUUACAUUUUAAAAAAAAGGUGUGUUGAAAUCUAUGGGGAUUUUUUUGUGAGACUCACUUUCAAUGUACAUUGUAGUAUAUGUGAAAUGAAAAUGAACUGAUCAAACCUGAUUCACACAGUUAAGUGUACUACAUUGACAUGACUUUUAGAUUUUUUCAGACUGGAAAUACAAUUUGUAUUUUUACAAAUUCUUAGAUUAGAUUAGAAUUGUUUUUUAAUUUAUUUAAUUUUUUCCAGAAACAAACAACUGGAGAAUUUUUUAUUGUAAAGAAUUAAAUAAAUUUUUAAUAAAAAGGAAAUCAAAAUGA